AUGGAGGCAGGUUCUUCAGUUGGAAGGCGAAGGGGAGGCCUCAUUACUAUGCCUUUCAUUAUCGCAAAUGAAACAUUAGCGAAGGUGGCCAUGGUGGGUCUGAUGCCAAACAUGGUCUUAUAUCUGACACAGAACUACAACCUUGAAGUCCCCAAAGCUGCAAAUACCAUCUUCUUCUGGUUUGCUGCUUCAAACUUAGCUCCUUUGUUUGGUGCUUUCGUUGCUGAUUCUUUUAUUGGUCGCUUCUUCUCCAUUGCCUUUGGUUCCUUCUUCUCUUUCCUGGGGAUGAUAUUGUUGUGGAUAACAUCAAUGAUCUCAUCGUUAAGGCCAAAGCCAGGCCAAUCAGCAACAUCAUCCCAAAUGGCAUUCCUAGUGAGCAGCCUUGGUCUGACCUCCAUUGGAGCUGGUGGCCUCUCAUGUUCACUAGCAUUUGGGGCAGAUCAGUUCGACAACAAAGCUAACCCUAAUAACCAGAAAGUGUUAGAGACCUUUAUCAGCUGGUACAUUGCUUCUCAAGCUUUUGCUUGCUUGCUUGCUUUGACAGCAGUGGUUUAUGCUCAAGACCACCUCGGAUGGAAAGUGGGUUUUGGGAUUCCCCCAGGUCUUAUGGUCGUGUCCAUUGUCUCCUUCUUGCUUGCUUCUCCUCUCUAUGUCAAGCACAAACCACACUCCAGCAUGUUCACUGGAUUUGCCCGGGUCAUUGUUGUUGCCUUUAAGAACAGAAAGCUUCCUUUUCCUCCUCAUAACACUGCCGGAAAGUACCAUCAUUACAAAGGCUCAGAUCUCCUUGUUCCUACUAAUAAAUUAAGGUUUUUGAACAGAGCCUGCAUAAUCAAAAACCCAGAGCAAGAUAUAACCCCAGAUGGCACAGCUUCAAAUCCAUGGAGUCUCUGCACAACAGAGCAAGUAGAAGAACUAAAAGCCAUCAUAAAGGUUCUUCCUUUAUGGUCUACAAACAUCAUAAUGACAGUGAUCAGCACUCAAACCUCGUUCCGUGUCCUCCAAGCCAAGACCAUGGACAGACACAUAACCUCGAACUUCCAAAUCCCCCCAGGCUCCUUCAACGCCUUCACCAUGCUCUUCCUCUUCAUCACGGUCGGCAUCUACGACCGCGUCAUCAUGCCACUAGCUUCAAAAAUCGCAAGAAAACCAGUCCAAAUCAGCGCCAAGGCCAGAAUGGGAAUAGGGCUGUUCUUCGGAAUCCUCGACCUCAUAGCCUCUGCUAUAAUCGAAAGAAAACGGAGAACCGCAGCGAUUCGACAAGGGUUUGCAGAUAACCCAAAAGGGGUUGUGGACAUGUCGGCAAUGUGGCUUCUUGUUCAUCUUGCAUUGGUGGGGAUAGCAGAAGCGUUCAAUGUGAUAGGACAAUCAGAGUUUUACUACUCGGAGUUUCCCAGGACGAUGUCGAGCAUUGGGUCGUCUCUGUACAGUUUGGGAAUGGGAAUGGGAAAUCUGAUGGCUUCAUUGAUCUUAAGCAUUGUGGACGGGGUUACUUCAAGAGGAGGAAGACACAGUUGGGUUAGCAGCAAUCUGAAUAAAGGGCAUUACGAUUGGUAUUUCUGGGUUCUUGCAGGGAUCGGUGGAGUGAACUUUGUGUACUACUUGGUUUGUGCUUGGGCCUAUGGGCCUAGCGCUAGAACUGGGUCAGUGGAUGAAGAAGAGAGGAAUGAGGUUGAAGGUGAAGAAUAA